AUGACAGAACAAACAGUCAAACUUGGCGACAUUAUUGGUCUGGAAAUUCCCGUCAAUGGAAAAUGGACAUGUCUCGCAAAAACCAGAAAGCAAGAGCGUUGCCAGCAUCCUGUGGCUAUGAGCAAAUGCAAGGAUGCCUGCAAUAUCUUGCAACACAAGAUGACUUUUCAGAUGACGGAGCGUGAUCUGAUUCAAACCCAUAUAAAGAAGCUCGUGGAGCUCCUCUUUCUGAAAGGCUGCAAGCACAGCGACAUUGAAGAUCAAAUGAGCGAGCAAUUGACGAAAUGGCUUGAUCUCUGGCUCGCUGAGCUAGAAGAACCUAGCGUCCGCCAACGACACCAAAGCUAUGAUAGUGCAAUUGCACUUGACGAACCUGAGCAAUCUGAGCCAGAGGCAAUUGUCCCAGACCACAGACCUCAUGUAAUCACACACAUUCCGGCCACGAUACUAUAUCCCACACUUCCGCUCGAAACCUCACCAGUGUCCACGAAUGCCCCAUUCCUUAGCACGGCCGAACCUAUCUACCUCAACCGCACAAUUUCCUUGAAUUCAACAGAAAAUGUCAGCGGCCAGAUGACUGAGAUUGCUAAAACAUCCCAAUCCCAUGUUCUUGAGCAUGACGCGCCACUAAGGCCGAACCAAACAUCAUCUCAUGAGAACAUGGGGCUCGGUGUGAUUUUCAGCCCUAAUCAACUGGGAGUUAUCAACAUUAUUUUACAAAUCGGUCUUCAAUUUUGCGCAUUUUUUCAAAUACAACAGGGCUCUAUUAUAUCUCGUGAUGGGCCCGGCAAUAAACGAUCAGAAUCAUUUCUCCGUUUCAAACUCAUAUUUGGUGCGGAGUUUAUCCCGUCAAAAAUCCUCACAACUCCAUGGGUGAUGAUUCCUUUGGUCAUUUCAUUAAGCCAAAUUAUGUAUAUACUUAUUGGACCAUGGCUAAGUUUCAUGUUGUUUGUUUUUGUUGCUUUGGUCGGAUCGUGCUCGUCGGAAACGAUGGAAAAGGCUGUCGUCCGAAGAACCGAGAGAGCAUAUUGA